AUGAUUGAUAGACUGAUGGACAUAGAGAGAUUCAUUUAAUAUCUCUUAAAAAAUAGGAAAAAAUCAUUAGUUUAUUUUCUUAUUGUAUGGGUUCUUAGUCACAAGCUUUAUAUGAGGUUCCAAGCCCGCUUAAGACGUCGUUUUCCUUUCUACUCUAGUAGCUACUUAGAAAAAAAAACAAAGGAAUAUUUGGCAAAGAGAAGAGAUGAAGUUCUUUAAUUCAAGUAGAAACACUAAGGCGACAUCGACCAAUAAGACAUAGACACUGUGUUAAAGGCUGAGAAUAUUAGAGAGUUGAUUUCUAAAAUUGAGAAAAACGAACUUAGCUGUGAAAAGAUAGUACUAGUGUAUGCACAAAGAAUAGCAGAUUUCUCAUUUGGGAUGAACCAUUGUGCUGACAUUGACUUGUAAAACGCAUUAAAUGAAGCAAAAGAAAAAGACGCCAAAAAAAAGGAAGUAAUGGAGUCUAAUUAAGGUAAAUUACCUCCAUUAUAUGGAAUUCCUAUUGCCAUAAAAGAUCAUAUAACUGCUAAGAACUUCUUAUGCACCAUGGGACUUUAAUCUAGAUUAGCUGAUUAAGUAGACGGUAAGACCUUUUAGUAGGAUUUUUAAAAAGUGUGGGAAGGAGAUGUCAGAGGUGCUGAUUAUAAAAGGAGACUAAGCUAUGAAGAAAUUUCUAAUUAAAAGGUACUAUCACAUAUCCCUUAAUGCAAAUAUGGAUUUGAAGAUUCAGAAAUGGUCAGAGUUCUCAGAGAAAUGGGUGCUAUUGUAAUCUGCAUGACAAACACUCCAAUCUUUUGUGGGCAUUACAUUACUAAUAAUACUGUUUUUGGAUUCUCUUAGAAUCCAUACUAAAAAUAUAGAACAACAGGAGGAUCUUCUGGAGGCUCAGGAGGUAUUGUAGCUACCCGUUCAGUUCCUCUAGCAAUAGGUAGUGAUCUUCUAGGUAGCAUUAGAAUGCCUAGCGGAUGGUGUGGAUUGUAUGGAUUUAAUCCAACAUCUAGAAGAGUCUCUAAGAGUGGGGCACAAGGAUUUGAAUUAAGAUAUGACUGUGAUGUGGCUAAGUCCAUAAUGCCAAUUUUUGGACCUAUGGGAAAGUGUGUUGAUGACCUUGUAGAUUGUAUGAAAGGAAUGUUUGGUAAUUUUAACAAAGACAAAUAAUGUGUUCCUAUGAAAUUUAAUGAAGAAGCUUUUAAUAUCAAUAGAAAAUUAAGAUUUGGAAUAGUUAAAAAGGAUAUAAGGAUAGGAUAUGGUUCAUAUAUAAAUAAUUUAGUAGAAGAGAAUAUUGCUUUAUUGACAAAAGCUGGACAUUAAGUUGUUGAAUUUGACCUUAGUGAAGAAUUUUGGAAAAUGGAAUUUAUAAGUAGAAAACUAUUUAUGGGUUCUCAAGAUAAGGCAAUGAUGCUAAAUGAGCUAAGAGGUGAAAGAUCAAUAUUAGGUAUAGAAUUAGGAAUCUUUGGUCAAGAACUUCCUUCUACUAUAAAAAAAGCUGGGCAGAUGCUAUUCAAGCUAAUAGGAGAAGAUAUCAUAGCCGAUGCUAUAGAGUCUGUGUAAGAAGUAGAUAGUGAAGAAUAUGAAAGAUUGGUAAGAGAACGAGAAAUUUUAAAGAAAAAAUUCUUUUCAUAUUGGUAGAGCUUAGAAAUAGAUGCCUUAAUACUUCCAAUUUCUUAUGCAUGGGCACCAAGAAAACAUGAAGAAUGGUUUUUAUCAUAUAGGUUCCAUGGCUGUCUGACAAAUACUCUAGAGCUGCCUUGUGGUACUAUCCCUAUGAGAUUGGCUGAGGCAAAAGAUGAACAGUUUACAUUUGACUUUAAGAAAAAUAAUAGAAUCCUUAAAAAGCUAAUCUAAAUGAAUCUUUAAGGUAUUUAGGGUAUGCCAAUAGCUCUUUAAGUAGCAACUCUUCCAUAUGAAGACGAAAAAUGCUUAAACGCAAUGAAAGUUUUGGAAUAAAUACAUAAUUUCCACCCUUGUUCAUGUUGA